AUGUUAGGACGCCCCUCUAAAGUAAGAAGUGGUCGAAAGGCCCCAACUAGUCACAAUGAUGAACUUCAAAGUCUUUUUAAACUCUUCUCAACAGUUGCUAAGCGAACUACUCAUGCCGAGUACCAAAAAAUCGCUAACUUUUUAAAGAAGCCUAGAGUUCAUCGAUCAAUUGUUAAUCUAAAGAAGCUUGUUGAGUAUACUGCUCCUUGCCAAGAUAAGAUAGCUGUAGUUGUUGCUAAAAUUGUUGGAGAAGACUCUAUUGUUGCGGUACCUCAUCCUAUUAAAGUAGCCUGUUUAGAUAUCUCACGGGCAGCUAAGGCUCGUAUUGAGAAGUACGGAGGACAAGUGUUUAAGUUGGAUGAGUUGUUUUCAGUUGCACCAACGCCCGAUCAGUUUGUUAUCUUCCAAGGUCCAUUGAAGGCUAGAAAGGCUUAUCAGUACUUUGGAGUUCCAGGAGAUCGGCACCGACCAGCUCGACCUCGAGUUAUCUCCAAGGGAUCUGAGAAGAGGAAGAAGCGAGCUGUCCAAAAGUAA